AUGGUCCAUUAUAUCCGAUUUCUGAAGACUCCCCGAGUAGAGUAUCGGUCGUCCAAAUCCAUUUCUGUGAUGGCUCUAAUUACAAUUACAAACGAUCUAGGCGACAGCUUUCUGCUCUCUGAUGCCAAGUUGACCUCAUGUCUGCUAACAGCCGACAGAGCUGGUAAGGUCCUUUUCAAGCAAGAGGUGCGUUGGCACAAAGGUUCUAGAGAGCUAUCCAUUGGCCUCACUGCACAUAUCAGCCAAAGCACUCCUUUGCUUCGGUUGCAUGUAUUUCAUGAUAAAGCCAGUGGUCUGAUUCCGUCCAUUCUGAGUGCGCUGAGUGCUCCGUUCAAGCCCGUCCAUCAAACACGUGCGGCGGCCUUGGUCGAGCGAGAGCUCUCCUUGCCUGAUCUAUCAAGUCUCAAAAUAUGGGAAGAGACGGGCGAAAGUAUUGCAAAGCAUAUCUGGUACCGUUUGGCCUAUAUCCGAACCUCAUUGCUUGUUGACUUCGGCAGGGACGCUUCGCUGGGAUGCGUAUUGUGUUUUCAAGAUAUUUGCUCGGCAAAAUCACGAAUGCCUCUCCUAAAAGAAGUACUGCAAGGGGAGGCUUCAGGCCAGAUCAAUGUCCUGGAGCUCGGUGCAGGGUGUGGCAUUGUCGGCAUAGCUCUCGCCCAUUACUUCCCCGACUGUAUGGUGCAUCUCACUGAUUUGGUCGAAGCGCAAGACAUUCUCUUGAAGAAUCUGGAUGAAGCAACACCAGCUGCCAAUUCCUCUUUAUGGUUCCAAAUUCUUGAUUGGAAUGUUGAUUCUGGUGGAACGAGCUUAGAGCGUGAUGUUGAUUUGGUCAUCAUCUCAGAUUGCAUCUACAAUUCAGACACAUGCUCCGAUCUGGUGAGAACUUUGUGUCAAGUAUCUUUAAUUUCGCCUCAGUGCAGAAUAUUGGUAGCCGCGAAGAGACGUCACGACAGCGAGGACGUUUUCUUCGAUCUUAUGCGACACUCGCAGAUGCGAAUACUGGAAAAGGAUACAAUCGUUCUACCUCAUGAAACAUCUGAUCUUGGGGUUCAGCCGCCAGAGGUUGAACUUUACUUGUAUGGCUUGGCUGAGACUGGCUAG